AAAGAGGCUCGUCGGUGGCUGUGGGGGUGGUGAGGUUGGCGGCGGGCCGGGAGCGAAGCUUCCCGGGAGGAAGCUGGCGGCGUGCGAGGUCCUGGGGCCCCGCUCGGCAGACCAGGUCGCUGGGGAGGGGAAGGAGGCCCUUACCACAAACAUCGUAUCGUUGAGUCUUCAUAUAGGUAUUACUACUCCCAUGUUACAGAUGAGAAAAGGGAGACGCAGGUGAUGAUCUAAUCAUGGCAGAUAAGGAGGACAUUGAAACUCCAGAUAAGGAUGACAUUGAGACUCCAGUGGUAACCGAAGCAACCUUCACCCUUGGAGAUGGGGAGUAUGAGCCAGCUGAGAAUUCUGAGUCUUUUGACCAAAGUACCAAGCCAAAGAGUAUAUCAGAGCCUGUGGCUUCCACUCGGAAAAGACCAGAAUCCAAACCUUCCAGUGACCAUGAGACUUUAGAAGUUCUCCCUGUCCAGGCUUCACAGGCUGUAAGCAAAGAGUCUGUUUCCAAAGAUGUACCCCAGACUGGAUGGGGCUACUGGGGCAGUUGGGGCAAGUCCUUACUCUCCUCAGCCUCAGCUACAGUAGCUACAGUAGGGCAAGGUAUUUCAAAUGUUAUUGAGAAGGCAGAGACUUCCAUUGGAAUCCCUAGUUCCAGUAACAUUUCAACUGAAGUCCAGUAUGCAACAGGAGAGACAAAGGCCAAAGAAAAUGAAAAUGCCUCUCCCAUGACUGGACCAUUUGGUGUAUUCUCGACCAUCUCUACUGCUGUUCAGAGCACAGGAAAGAGUGUUAUCAGUGGGGGCUUGGAUGCCUUAGAAUUCAUUGGGAAAAAGACAAUGGAUGUAAUAGCAGAAGGGGAUCCUGGAUUUAAAAGAACCAAGGGUCUGAUGAAUCGGAAUUCUACGCUCUCUCAGGCUUUACGAGAGGCAAAGGAGAAAGAAGAGCUAUGGACCUCCAGUGAGAUUACCAUGGAAACAGACAAGAAAACUCAUUAUGGGCUACUCUUUGAUGAAUUUCAAGGCCUUUCACAUCUAGAAGCUUUGGAGAUGCUGUCCCAAGAAAGUGAAAUAAAGGUGAAAUCUAUUCUUAAUUCUCUAAGUGGAGAAGAAUUAGAGAAUCUAAAGCUUGAAUUGGAGCAACUCAAAGAAGCAUUUUCUCUGGAAGAGUUCUUUGAGGAAGAGGAAGAAGAAAUAAAAGGAGAUGAAGAUUUUACCAAAGAGAUAACAGAACUAUUUUCCCAGCUGCAUGUCUCCUCAAAACCAGAAAAACUUGUCAAGGCAAGAAAUACUGCCUACAAAUGGAUUAGUACAUCUCUGGCCAAGCCAAUGAAAGAGAAGGAAGAAAAACAGUUGGAAACAGAAAGAACCGAGCAAAUCAAUAAUAAUUCAAUAGAGGAUAUCCAUGCAUUUGCAAUCAAGAGCCUAGCAGAACUGACUGCCAGCUCAAUUGAACUGUUUCACAAAACAGCAGCAUUAGUUCUGCAUGGCCAGAAGCAGGAAGUGACAGCCAUAGAAAGGAGCAGAACCCUUUCCCAGAUGACAGUUGUGUUAUGUGAGGAGUUGUCCUCUCUGUCUAAAGAGUUCACCACCUGCCUAACAACUGCUGGGGUCAAAGAAAAGGCAGAUAUCCUUAAUCCGUUAAUCACUGCAGUAUUUCUAGAGGCAUCAAACAGUGCUUCCUACAUUCAGGAUGCAUUUCAGCUGCUCUUCCCCGUGCUGGAGAUGUCCCUCAUUGAGAACAAAACUAAACCACCAGAGGCGCGAGCGGUAGGUCCAGAGACCUUAGUCAGGACACUGAAGAGCAGAGAAGAUUCAACCAGAGACUUCUGAUGGCCAAAAAAUGCCACUCUCUUUGGGGUACCCCUGUAAAAGUGAGAGAGAAGGGUUAUUUUAGUAUUUAAAAAUUCAGGCAGGAGAGCAUGUUUAAAGGAAGUUUGUUGACUUCACUGUUUGGCUGAAUAUUCAGGUCUUCACACUUUUCUUCCCAGUUGUUAUGUUAGUGAGUUAUUUGAAAAGAAACUUUUAUAGAAAGUUAAAUAAUAAUUCUAGAUAAAGGUUAGUGGGACACUCAAGCAAAAAUAUUGGUCUUUCUUUGACAUGAUACUAAACACUGACUUCACAGGUAUAUGAUUUUGCAACCCAUGGAUUGUUUGUUAAGAGAAAAACUAAUCUGGUAUUCUAGAAUUCACAAGCUUGAUCUAUUAAUGCCAUGUACUUUCUCCAUUCUAUAAUAAAAUCCAUGGCUUUAAGAACACUAAGUAUAUAUAAACUGUUAUGAUUGCUCUUUAUUACAUGAGUUCUUGGAAUUGGUUAGAAAAUUUCAUCUGCUCUUUAAUGCUCAGUUGAUGUUUAGCAUUGAGGAGAAACUUAGGGAAUAUACUUAAAACCACAUGGGCUAACUAUAGCAAAGAGCCCUUUGGCCUCAAAUUGUUCUCCCAUCCCAAGAUGAUAAGCUUCAGGUUGUAGUUGACCCCCGUGCAACUGGAUUAAAGACUAGUAAGUGCAAUUCAGAGAAACGAUUUCAUGUUUGCCGAUAUUCUGUGUCUCUCCAGGAUGUUUUUCGUGCACACUAUAUGUGCAGGAUAAAUUCUGUAAUAGCCAACUCCAAAGGAGUGUUGAAGCUCUUUUAGUAAUGGGAUUUUUGUUGUUUGAAUAUUGUUGAAGUGGACUGUGGAGUCCCAUAGAAAUAAUGUUCAUUUAUAACAGGAUUUAAACUAUAAUACACAAUAUGUUUUUCCUCACCCUUUUUGUUCUGUUUGUUUUAAUAUACUCUUUAGCAUGUAUGUAAAUAGUACUUUUAUCUUUCAGAUCUUAAACUGUCUUUUGCUCUCUUCAACAUUUUAAGAGAUUAAUAAGGUGUCAUCUUCCUAAAAGCUAUUUUGGUAUCCUCUCUUUUUUAAAAAAUUCUCCAACUCUUUGUGUUUUUUAAUGAUUUAGGUAACUUGUGUGAGCUCUGCCAGUCAUUUCUAAAGCCUUUAAAUAAAAUGUGGCAGUUGUGUCAA